GAUAGACAGGAUGGGGGCAUUGGGGAGGGCCAGGUGUUGAUCGCUCUCUGUCUGGACUCCAGAGACUGAGGCACUCGCCUGGACGAACCGAGGGGAGCAGCCGGGCCUGAGCAGGAGCAAUCCGUGCUGGGGAUCCCAAGAAGGGGCAGAUGCAGCUGCUGUCUCCUGGACCGGCAUGGAGACGCGAAGGCUCCCAGUGGAGGUCAUCACCUACAUCCUCAGCUUCUUGCCCAUUGCCGACAGGAAGGAGGCCUCUCUGGUGAAUCACACCUGGUACUUUGCAGCCCAGGACUCCCUGCGGCAGGAGAACAUCCUGUACAACAUCCCAGCCACCUCCGCCUCCCUGGCUGCCAUUGAGAGCCUGGCCAGACGGUGCGUGAGCUGCGUCAGCCUGACCAGCCUCGACAGCUCCACUGUCUCCCGGGACGUGAUCCAGGCUGUCUCCUGUCACCUGGGGCCACAUCUGCAGAGCUUGUGUCUGCGUGGGAGCAGCCUGCCCGAGACGGCCUUCGUUCACCUCCUCCUUGCCUGCCCCUGCCUCUCCGCGCUGGAUCUGACUGGCUGCAACAGCCUCUUCAUGUCCGGGACGCUGCUCUCCAAGCCAGAGACCAUCAGCCAAGCCCGAGGAGCGCUGACCAACCUCCAGGAGCUGAACCUGGCCGGCCUGCGCUACCUGUCGGAUCUCAGUUUCAACCGGCUGACAGGCUGUGCGCCACACCUGGCCCGACUCUCACUGGCUCGCUGCCACCUCACCUUUGAGUUUGACCCCUACCGCGGGUCCAGCAACUACAACUCCUCUGCCCUGCUGUCCUUCCGCAACCUCCUGCGCUUCCUGAAGGAGCGGGCCAGCAGCCUCAGGGCCUUGGACUUGAGCGGCACCAGCAUCACCUCGCCGGCGAUGAGGUCCCUGGUGCAAGUGGAGGGGCUGCGCCUGCGGGAACUCGUGCUGCAGAACUGCAGGGACCUCUCCAACGAGGCCAUCGGCCUCCUCUGUACGCACCAGCCCCACCUGACCGUGCUGGACCUCACUGGGUGCUCGGAGCUGUCCGACCGGGCCGCCCUCACUGUGUCCGCGGGGCUGCGAGCCCUGCAGAGCCUGGGCCUGGGGAAGCUCCAGCGCCUGACGGACGGGGGUUUCCUGGGCAUUGCUGAGCUCCGGAGCCUGCAGAGGCUGGACCUGUCUGAGUGUAGCCUCGUGAGCGGCAGUGAGCUGGUGAAAGUGUGCUCCACCCCAGAGCUGCGGCCUAGCCUGGCCUCCCUCAGCUUCGCCUUCUGCUCUCUGCUCAGAGACAGCUCUGUCCUCUCGCUGGCCAGGUCCCUCAGCCCCAGUCUGCGGGUAUUAGACCUCUCCUCCUGCGUCUCCAUCACCAACGUGAGCAUCCAAGCGAUUUCCUCCCACCUUCCCCGGCUGACUGUCCUCCGACUGGCCUGGUGCAAGGAGCUGACGGACUGGGGCCUCCUGGACGUAGAGGAGCCCAGAGAGGAGCGUCACCAUCGCAGAGAGAAGGACGCAGGGCCACAGUUCAGCAGGAAUUUCGGUAACAUGGGAUUCUUCCUGCCACCCCUGCAGAACCUGGAGCAGGAUCCCAAGGUCCUCAGCGACUCCGCCUGGAACGAGUCCCAGAAGCGGCACCGGGCCUCCCUGCAGGCGCUAAAACAGCUGCAAGAGCUCGACCUCAUGGCCUGCAGCAAGCUGACUGACAGCAGCAUCACCAAGGUUAUCCGCUUCCCUGCCCUGAGGCGGCUGUCCCUCGGCUUGCUACCGGAGAUCACCGACGCCAGCCUGGUAGCAGUGGCCAGGGGUUGCCAGAGCCUGGAGCAGCUGUCCAUGAGUCACUGCGGAAAGCUGACUGAUAAAGGCUUCCUGGAGGCCGCUAGCUCUCUACGGAGACUCCAGCACUUAGUCAUCUCUGGCUGCAGCCAGCUCACAGGCCAGACACUGAUGGCCCUCAGCAGGGAGUGCAGACAGCUGAAGAGCCUGGAUGUCUCCAUGUGCCAUGGGAUCAGCAUGGCCGACAUUGAGCUUUUCCAGGCCCAGCUGCCCCUGCAGACGUGUGUCCAGUCGCGCUUUGUGGGUGGAGCAGACCUUUCCUUCACCCUGUGAGCGGGGCCAAGCGGGAGGCUCAGAUCCCUCCGGUCUGGGGCAGCUCAGAGAAUGGCUGAUGCUACAGCUCAGGCCCUUCCCCAUGGGUGCGCUGCUGUUCCCCGCGUCCCGCUCCCAGCUGGGACACGCGCUCCACGGCGUCUUGGCCUGGGCUGGGGGGCGAGUGGUGACACCCCUUGGCCAGAGAGUUCUAGUGUCUAACACUACGUGCAGCUGGGCCGCUGCCAAGGUCCAGCUGGGUGUGCGAAGACCCAGGCCAGGCCCUGAACUCCCGCCCUGGCACACCCCCAGGGUGCCUUUGGGAGAUGCUGGUAUGCAGAGCUGUUUGGAGCCUGGCACCUCCAGAGUGAGUUCCAGGGGUCCCCGGCUGCUCACGCAGGGCUGAGACAGUGGGAAAAGCCGAAAGCCAGGGCACCUGCCCAGGGCUGCGUUCACCCAGGGGGAGAGGGUGAUAAAGCCCCUUGAAGGGGUUGGGUGCUUCCUUCCUCAGCAGUAUUGGGCAGUGAGAGCUGCUGUUCCAUGCAGUCGGCAGCGCUCGAGGCCGAGGCCAGCGACGACUCCAAGGCCCCUGCCCCGUCUCCCCAGCACAGUUUGCAGCUUGGGCCUAAGCCUAGUGCUGCAAAGCGGGGGGGAACUUCGCUGCCUAAGCCCACCCCCUGCUCUCUGGGAGGCAGAGUGGCAUGGGAGAUGGCUCACUGCCCGCUCUCCCCCUCCAGUGGUGGUGGGGGGUGUCUUACUGCCCGCUCUCCACCCUCCAGUGGUGUGGGGGGGAUGGCUCACUGCCCGCUCUCCACCCUCCAGUGGUGGGGGGAUGGGGAUGGCUCACUGCCCGCUCUCCACCCUCCAGUGGUGGGGGGAUGGGGAUGGCUCACUGCCCGCUCUCCCCCAUCCAGUGGUGGGGGGAUGGGGAUGGCUCACUGCCCGCUCUCCCCCAUCCAGUGGUGGGGGGAUGGGGAUGGCUCACUGCCCGCUCUCCCCCCUCCAGUGGUGGGGGGAUGGGGAUGGCUCACUGCCCACUCUCCCCCUCCAGCGGUGGGGGAUGGGGAUGGCUCACUGCCCACUCUCCCCCUCCAGCGGUGAGGGGAUGGGGAUGGCUCACUGCCCGCUCUCCCCCUCCAGCGGUGAGGGAUGGGGAUGGCUCAGCACCCGCUCUCCUGUGCCAGGACAAAGCUCUGUGCUGCCAGCCUGUACCUGCCCCCACCGCACCAGCAGCCAAGGCCGCAUCAGCUGCUUCCAGAGCACACUGGUCUCCGUUUCACGCGUUCCUCACCACCCACCACGACCCUCCUGGGAACCCGCCCCGUUUGACUCCUCCAAAGUGACGCGUGGUGCCUUUACCCGGCGAUGGGCCAGUGCUCUAAUAAAAGCCUCUAAUUUAAACAGCC